GUGCGUCACGAUUCGUGCAUCUGUCACUUGGAAUAGGAAACCUGAAUUUUCUUCCAGUAUUAGAAGAAUUCGGUAAAUUUGGGCCAUAAUAUUUUCUCAGCACUGGUGAAAAAUAAGGGAACAUGGGAGAUUUGACAGUAAUGCAGCCAUUAAAAAUGAGAAAAGAAGAGCGCCAGCCAUUGCUACCAAAUUCAGAACCUGUGAAUGAUACUUAUGAUAAACGAGUAUUGCCACGUCCAGACGUGAGGGCAUCACCAGAUAAUGUUGUUCUACACUUGCCUGGUGGUCCUGUGGAUUCAUCCUCAACUUUGGAGCCCAAAAUCGAUGACCGGGUUGAAGGGAGUAACGUUGGUGGAGUCGGUGGUUCCGUUGCUUCCGUUUGUCCGGACAACGGUAGCAACUACGAUCCCCUUCUGGACCGUGAUUUGCAGCAUCCAACCUCAAAUUUGGAUACAAUGAUCCAUCUAUUGAAGGGAAAUAUAGGGACUGGUAUUUUGGCCAUGCCUGAUGCAUUUCGGAACGCAGGUCUGGUUGUAGGAACACUUGGAACUUUGCUUAUGGGUGUGAUUUGCACACACUGUAUGCAUAUGCUGGUGCGAUGCUCCCAUGAACUGUGCAGAAGAACAAAGGUUCCAUCUCUGGGAUUUUCGGAAGUGGUAGAAGCCAGUUUCGCUACAGGCCCUAGCUUCAUUGAGAGAUAUUCAAGACCUGCCAAAAUACUAGUCAAUAUAUUUCUGUGUAUCACACAGUUAGGAUUUUGCUGUGUGUAUUUUGUCUUUGUAGCUGUGAAUUUACAAUAUGUCUUAUCUCACUAUUGUUCUCUAAACCUCGAUACAUACCAGUAUUUACUAAUGUUAUUAGUACCAAUGGUUCUACUAAACUGGGUGAAGAAUCUCAAGUAUUUAACACCAGUAUCUUUAUUUGCUGCUCUCGUCACUGUUAUUGGCCUUGGUAUUACCUUCUUCUAUAUGCUUCAAGAUCUUCCAAGAACAUCAUCAGUGAGAAAAUUCGCACCAUGGAAACAACUACCCCUCUUCUUUGGAACUGUGAUUUAUGCAUUUGAGGGUAUUGGUGUGGUUCUUCCGUUGGAAAAUAAUAUGAAAAAUCCUCAAGAUUUUGGAGGCUGGACAGGAGUUUUGAAUACAGGCAUGGCAAUUGUUGCUGUACUUUACACAUCAGUGGGCUUUUUUGGUUAUCUUAAGUAUGGAGAAAAAGUGAAAUUGGGUAGCAUUACAUUGAAUCUUCCAGAAAAUGAUUUAUUGGCGCAGUCAGUCAGACUGAUGAUGGCAGUGGCCAUUUUUCUCUCAUAUGGACUUCAAUUUUAUGUUCCCAUGGGCAUAAUUUGGCCAAUUGUUCAACCAUACCUGCAAUCCGAACGUGCUAAAUUUUUGGGAGAAUAUAUUUUGAGAACUGUCUUGGUUACAUUUACACUGUGUUUGGCAAUUGCUAUUCCCAACCUGGGUGCUGUAAUAUCUCUGGUUGGAGCAUUAAGCAGUUCAACAUUAGCAUUAAUAUUUCCUCCACUUAUAGAGAUCAUUACCUUUUCUCAUGACUUGGGCAGGUAUAAGUGGAUAUUGUGGAAAGAUAUUGCAAUUAUGUGUUUCGGAUUGUGUGGAUUUGGUUUUGGAACAUAUGUUAGCCUUGAGAACAUCCUAAGCCCCCAAGAAUGAAAUGGAAGUCUUACCUUCAAUUUGAACUUAGAAAUAAAUGAAAUUUCUAUUGGAUUUCAUUGCUCCAUGUUCUUUCACAAGUCAUUGCACAAUUCAUUUUUAAGAAUUGUUUGUUGACAAUAAAUGUAUUUAAUUUAAGUAAGUGAAGUGAUGUAUUAUGAAUUAUUCAAUAUAAUGUAUGAUAGUGCAAAUGAAGGCAAAGCACAAAAAUUGUUUGCCAAUUAAUCGUGAAUGGCUGAGUAAAGUAGUUAAAGAUGAAAUUUCAAUAUGUAGCUAGCAUAAUUCGUAAAGUUCAUCAACAUAACAGAAAACAAAAUGCUUAAUGCCAUUUUCAAAGAAAUUUCACAAUCCGCACUGUCUGUGUGACAAUGUUCAGUUCAACAUCUGCCUGAGAUGAAUGGUAUUACAGAGAAUGCCUGUCCUGCCUCUUACAGUGAUUUGUUACACUUGUGAAUGUUACAUUUUUGAAAAUAAUAUGUAUUUUUGCCAGUUAAAUAUAAGUAGAAAAUAUUGUAUAGUUUCAGUGUGAAUGUAAAAUGGAACAACUAGGCCUACUGCACAUUGAGUGAAGUUUCAAGAAAUAUUACAUGCAAGUUCUGGCAUUUUUGUUAAAUUUAUUCAUUUAUUUUUAGAUUUUGUGUACCUCGCUACCUAAUUUAGUCAUAGCGUUUUGCUCCUGCCAUGCAUUUGUUUAAAUGAUUAGCCAUGAAGUGAUUUAAUCAGCAUGCAACUGAGUACUUCCAAAUGUAUUUUUUUUAUCAGUAAUAUAAUAAUUUUAAGCAUUUAAUGUAUGGUUACCGACUAAUAGAUUUAUGAAUGUAUUAAGAGUAAUUUUUUUCUUAUCUAUUGAAGUGCUGGUUUGUAUUAUCAUGAUAUGUAUAUUUCCAUAAUUUGUAAACCUGUGAUAAUUUAAUUAUAAUGUUAAAUGCUUGUAUUAAGUUUUCAGAUAAAAUACUUCAUUAUGCCUUCUAUAACAUUUUGUGAUAUUCUAGGUGAUUGUGGGAAAUGAAUUUUUCCUUCCUUGAAGGAUAGAAAAUUUUACUGUAUGUAUUUAUAAAGGAAUUCAAAGUACAGUGUUCAAAUUUAUUUUCAAAUAAAAUUAUAUAUGUAUCACGUUAUUGCUAUUAUACAUGUUGUUAGCAGGGGUCACAUAAAUUUCAAAGCAACAUCAUAAUUCUAUUUAGAUGGCUUAAGUGCCAUCCUUAAGAUUGUGGCAUUUGUAAUUAGUCAAAUGAAUGAUAACGUAAAUUAAUGGAAAUUUAUUAGAAGUUUUCUGAAGAAAACUAACAUUAUUAUAUUUUAAUUUCACUAAGUAAGUGUUUCCUCAUUGGUUCAAAAUUAUGUUGAAAACAAACCCUUUUAAAAUAGUGUAUUGCGAUAAAUAUGCUGCAAGUUUCUAGCAAACUUACGUAAGGCGUUGAUUCAAAAUUAGUCUUUGAGUAUUUAUUGUGUGUUGUAAAUUUUUGUAAAAUUCUAUUGUUGUGUAAUAUAAUGUUGUAUCAUAUGUAGUACUUCUCAAAGCAGAACAUUGUAUUUAUUGAUUUGUAAUAUUUGUGAUGCUCCAUUUAUACGUGUUAGAAUAACAAAAUGAUCAUGGAACUUUGAAACAUUCAGAUGAAUCAUAAAAUCUGACAAUAAUUUGUGCCAAUAAAGUUAAAGAAUGAAAAAUAAUUAAGAGUUUUGAACCAUAUAAUGUUGUAUGUUUCAAAGAAAUGAUUCAAAAUACUGCCUCAUUGAAAGUAUUAGUUGGGCCAGAUUUAAAUAUGGCAGGAUAUUUAAUACAUCAGAGCAGUAAUUUCAGUUAUAAAGUAUAUGUGUGCGUUAAAUAAGAAAUAUAAGAAUCAUUGUGAAGAAAAGUAAAUUGUAUUGAGUCAAAGGAAUAAUUAGAAUGGAAUAACUGCUGGCAGUAAAGUACGUUAUAGCUGUUGAUGGUAGAAAAUAAACACUAUUUGUCAAUAUUCUGUGUUACAGAUUUUCUUGUAUCCUCUCUGAUCUCUCUAAGAUGUAAAAAUUCAUGCAAAGUUUGUAUUUUCAUAAAAUAUUUAAAAACUACACAUAAUUAUAUCUUCUUGCAAUUUUUUUGCAGCUCCUAAGUCAGUCUCUCGAUUGUGAUGAAACUCUCUAGAAAUGGUGUUUCAUCAGUCUCAACUACAACAUACUGCUAAUGCUUGACUGGAACAACUUACCUAAGGGGGUUGUCCCUAAAUUACGCAAUGCUAAAAGAGGAGGUGAGGGGGAUUGAGGCAGCAUUACAUAGGGGCAGGGGGUAUUCAAUUAAUGUUAUGUAACAUUGAUUUUUUUUGGUAAC